CACAGGCCACGCCACAUUUUCUAAGCACAGGCCACACCACGCAAUGAUGCCCCAAGCCAAGUUCUCCAAUGCAACCGACCAUGAAUGAUGUCUAUCGCGAGGUGAAGGAAGGUCCAUUCCGCGGACUCCGUAUGUAAGGCGUGUGCCAAGCAGCCGGCCGACGACGUGGCGGAGUCCAAAGCACGGUACGCUUUGUGUCUCUUGUCGGGCGCCCCUAGGGGACCCUGUCGUUCGGUUCUACGACUGAGGGGGUUCAGCAUGAGGGCGUGUCGUCUUCGUUCAUUUUGCCAUUUCAACGCGAAAAAGAGAGGUUUUUAUAUUAAAUAGGCCUUCCCUCUCUUACGCUGUUGAAGGGCUUAAGAAAGUUGACGACAUGGUGCGGGAUGGAGUCCGGGACGGGCUCCGGACUCGCCUUUGCCGUUAAUCAGACGGCUCGCACUUAACUUGAUGGGUUAACCCUCUAUGCUCUCCGGCGGCAGUCGUAGAAGAUCAGGCACUGAAGUAGAUGAUAUUACAACAAACAGCAUCGAUGGAAAGACCACCUCCCAAUGGAAGGAAGAGGGUCGGUGCGAUGGGGCAUGCUUGAGGAGGGCUGAAGAUGCACGAUCGUGGCGUGACAGACGUCUGGGGAUGGAUUCGGACGCGAGCAAGAUGUGUGCCGCAUUUAGGGAAGAGCAUCCGGGAGACCAGUGCGAACCAGAGCCAAGAACACCGCAGAGAGCCCAGCGUGACGCAGACCCCACUAUACAGAGGUUUGAACAUGAUCCCAGUUUGAACACGACAAAGACUUGGACAACAGCCGUGCCCGGCCACCUGACACGAUCCUGCCAAGGGAAGCGGUUGUGCCGUUAUCUUUUGAUCGAUCCCGAACGGCCAGACAGCCGUUGGAGAAUGCUGCAGUGUUACUUCAGUAUUCCCAAAAGAUGGGUAACACCAGAAAAAGGGAACCACACGGCUCGAACUGCUGGAAAUGACACAGAAGUGGAAGUCCUCGUCCGGAGCCGGCAUCACCACAUCCAGGUCACAGGAUAUUCAUCACCACGACCAGGGCGUCGCUACAACCGCUGGAAAUGACACUCUCAAGGAUGUGCAUUGUAACUGGAGGUUGCAGAGAGUUGCACCACCACACCCAGUCCUGGAUGGAAACAGAAUUUAUGAUCUAAUCAAAUGGAAGACCGCAAUUGUCCUGAGAUGACGAGGUUAAGUAGAAUUGUCCACAGACGUGCACGGAUAAUGAAAGUAUUGUACAUCCAGGGGACGGAAGAGGUAUCCAGGGGCUCAGUACGCAUACCAAUCCUGGAACAGACUCUCUAUCUAACUGUGUGAAGCUUUCGCUCGGACUGUGAAUAUCUCGAUAACACACGUGUUUAUAUGCAUAGACGUUUUCAUCGCGUAUCGUAUUCUUAAACGCAAACACAAUUCUUAGUUCAGAUUGAAUCGCAAACGAAGGAUUCGCGAAAGCCACGGACCAUCGCUAGACUAUUUUAUUUUCUUCGCUCAGAUUGAACUGUUGAAAAUGUGGAUUAUAUUUAUGUACUUCAUUUGAACCACAAACGAAGGAUUUGGACAAGAUGCGUACCUCUAACCCCUUCAUUUGACGAGACGUGAUACCAAUCUCACAAGCACUGGAUGACGGCAUGCUUCAGGAAUCUCUUUACGACUGAUGCCAUGUGACGACGGGGGCACAUCUUGAAGGUAAUGCAAACAGAUAUACACUAUCUCGGGAACUAUAACACCAGAUAAUUCCACUCUGAGCCAGACUUCCAAUAACGACCUGACCAGCCUAGGCCUGGACCUCAAGUUCUGCUAUUUGACCAGCAAGAUGACACAAUGGAUGUGGAACCCUCGGCCCCUGAACGAUUGUCGCUAUGGGAGUCAUAAGCAACAGACUUUCUCUGGUGUAGUAUUGUACAUUCGCUACCUGUAGGCCUCUGCAGAAGGAUACGUUGUAUUUUAUCGAAAUAUCUGAUUGAAAGGUGGUUUCAUUGCAAAUCUCAAUAUCAUCCGAUGGUAAAAAGCCUACUUCCAUUUUGUGGCUGUGACAAAAUGUCUGAACACAUUUGGAACGCCUUUAAAAGACUUUCCAUCAGUCAUCGUCGGUCACUCCUCCUAGAUGAUUGUUGAUUAAGAACCAGAACCAGAUCCAAAUAAGUCAAGGUUCUGAUGUACCAGGUCAAAAUUUACUAUCGAGCUGUUAAAAUUUACUUCAUUUUUCUCCGAAAUCACCAAAUUGAUCAGAUAUUUCAAUUUUCCCAUCGAAUAAGACAUGGGGUCCACGUGAUUCUGGUUGGUUCGACCCCAGCCAACCAGAACAUGUGUUGUCUUUGAUGGAACCGUAGGCCUUGUGAACUUUCUCGAUCCAUUCAGUACCACGAAUACCUGAAUACACGAAUGCGUUUAUUCCAAUCAGCUUCCGAGACCUGAUAGUGCCGGUCUCCAUUUGGGACAGAUAUGAAAUUGACAAACUCUAGCCUCCAUUUUAUACAAGUAUUUUAAAUUUCCUUAAACACGGUAAUUAUCCGGGUGCCUUUCAUUCUUGGUUUCAUCAAUGAUAUGAUAACAAAGGUUAUCCCCAAGACCAAAACAAAUGCAAAAGAAUCGGGCUAAUUCAUUUCCAAAUUUUGAGAUUUCGUUGAAAUAUUUUGUUGAUUGAAAUUUUUCCAAAAUAUUCCAAAUUGAUGUUGGUUCCUGACCCUGCGGUCAAGUGGAAGAGGAGCUCAGUCUUUUCAUGAUAAUUAGUCCAGAAAGAUUCAUCUUGUUUCUUCCUGUGAGUUAUAAAGAUAACAACUGCCCCAUCAAGAAGUUUCCUGUGGUACAGAAUGGUCAAGCAAGCUGUCGCCAACAUCAACGUCAAUGUCUGACGUUUUAUGUAUUAAUUUGUUAUGUUUGUAUAAUGAUACAAUAUGUGAAAUUUACAUAUAAAAGCCAUAAUACAUGUAAAGGUGAAUUCAAAAAGUUACUUCUAUUGUUAAACUCGUCCAAAGCAACCGCUUUUGUCAUGCAAAUGAGAAGACUGAUCUGAACGCCUGAUCUAGAGGGGCCCUUUUGUCAUGCAAAUGAGAUCACAGCACGGUCCUGUUGAUCAUGACGAAAUUGGUUCUUUUGUUAUUUAAAUAACCCACUAACCGAUGUCGUGCUGUUUCGGAUCAAUGAGGUCAAGGUUUGUGACCUGAAUACACCACAGCAGUUCACCUUGCUUGCAUUUACAAUGGUUGUCGCUGCAUGCGACUCAAUUUAUGUUUUUCAUGAUCAGAAACUAUGUAGAUAUUCUAGUGGAAAAUGGUUUCCCAAACA